GUCGCCCCCCCCACCAGCGCCCCGAGGGCCCGUCCUGCGGCGUCAUGGUCGGCGGAAGGGCGGCUCCCCGGGCCCUACACGCGUGAGAGUGCGCCUCGCCCCCAGGCAAGGGCCGGCACCCCGGGGUCUGGCAGCUCGGCCUACGACACGCGGCUGCGCCAGAAGGUGGCGGUGAAGAAGCUGUCACGCCCCUUCCAGUCGCUGAUCCACGCGCGGAGAACUUACCGCGAGCUGCGCCUGCUCAAGCAUCUGAAGCACGAGAAUGUCAUCGGGCUGCUGGACGUGUUCACGCCGGCCACCUCCAUUGAGGACUUCAGCGAAGUGUACCUGGUGACCACCCUGAUGGGCGCCGACCUGAACAACAUCGUCAAGUGCCAGGCACUGAGCGACGAGCACGUCCAGUUCCUGGUUUACCAGUUGCUGCGAGGCCUGAAGUACAUCCACUCCGCGGGGAUCAUCCACCGGGACCUGAAGCCCAGCAAUGUGGCCGUGAACGAGGACUGCGAGCUCAGGAUCCUGGACUUCGGGCUAGCCCGCCAGGCUGAUGAGGAGAUGACCGGCUACGUGGCCACGCGCUGGUACCGCGCACCUGAGAUCAUGCUUAACUGGAUGCACUACAACCAGACGGUGGAUAUCUGGUCUGUGGGCUGUAUCAUGGCUGAGCUGCUCCAGGGAAAGGCCCUUUUCCCAGGAAAUGACUACAUUGACCAGCUAAAGCGGAUCAUGGAGGUGGUGGGCACGCCCAGCCCUGAGGUGCUGGCCAAGAUCUCCUCGGAGCACGCCCGGACAUACAUCCAGUCUCUGCCGCCCAUGCCCCAGAAGGACCUCAGGAGCAUCUUCCAUGGAGCCAACCCCCUGGCUGUGGACCUCCUGGGAAGGAUGCUGGUGCUCGACAGUGACCAGAGGGUCAGCGCGGCCGACGCCCUGGCCCACGCCUACUUCAGCCAAUACCAUGACCCCGACGACGAGCCCGAGGCCGAGCCCUACGACGAGAGCAUGGAGGCCAAGGAGCGCACGGUGGAGGAGUGGAAGGAGCUCACCUACCAGGAGGUCCUCAGCUUCAAGCCCGCAGAGCCACCGCAAGCGCCCGGCAGCCUGGAGAUCGAGCAGGCCGUCUCGGGCAAGUGUGGCACACGGGGGCCAGAGCCCUCUGGAGACUAGGGGACGCCUCUGCUGUCAGAGCUUCUCAACUUGGAAGCGUGGGGCACCCCUGGGAGAUGCUGAGGCCCCAUGGCCUGAAAGCUGAGCAGGGUCUUCCCUGAAGGUCACAGGGCAGGGACGGCCGCAGGCUGUCAUCAGAGAGUCAUCCUGGAGCCAAGUGUCCCCCUGUACUGUGAGUGGCACGUGUGCACCGCUGUGUGUUCCUGGUAUUUACGUGUCGAGGCACCUGCAGGCGGGUGUGUCUGUGGGUGCCCACGGGCUGCUGCCACGACCAGCAAGAAGCUUCCAGGGAGGCGGCUGUACUGUUCCAUCCCCCUCCUCGGUUCCCGAUGGGGGGAGGGUGCCGCUGCCCAGGCCCUGGGUGCUCAGUGCGGGGGCUCCCGUGGGCUAGGGGCAACUGGUGAACAAAAGCCAGGGCUUCCUCCUUGUGUGCGGGGGCUGCAGCAGGCACCAGGAGCCCCCCAAGUUGGCCCAGGGGCUCCAGCCUGGUGGGGAGCUGCACACUCGGGCUCAGACCCUGGACCUUGGCCGGAGCUGAGGAGGAAGCCUCUGCUGAUACCUCUGCACCCCACCCCCUCCGGCCCUGCACACCGCGGCUGGGGUCAGCUCUCGCCCUCCUUUCUUCCAGGAUGGGCUGACCUGGCAACCUCUGGGACAGGACUCAGCUCAAGAUGUGUUGGGGUGUGGGUCUCCGUCGUGGGGCCUCUCCGUGAGGGGUGGUGUUGUCUGUGUCGGGGCAACCUCCCACCUUGCAGAGGUCUCAAUGUCAAGUGCCUGCACCAGGGUUUCACAA